AUGGAGUAUAUUAAAGAUAUAUUGGGUCAACAAUCCCAAGUUCAAUUGGUUGAAGAAGCAAUUUCAACGCUAUGUAAUAGAUUACAACAUGCUACUAUGUCUUCGGAUAGAAGAUCAGCCGUACUUGGUUUAAAAAGUUUUAGUAGACAAUAUAGAGAAUCAGUUGUUGAACAUGGUUUAAAAGCAUUAAUUGGUACUUUUAAAAAAGAUAUAGACAAUUCAAUUAUUAUAAAAUCAAUAUUAGAAACUUUUCUUAUAUUAUUUAUACGAGGUGAAACAGAUGAAGAUUUAACGAGAGGUUGGAUUUCACAACAAUCUAGAUUACAAAAUGGAAAAUAUCCAUCACCUUUAUUGAUGGAGAAGGAGGUGUCAAUUGAUCAAUUAUCGUUAUGGAUUGCGGAUGCACUAAUACAAGAUCAAGAAUUUUUACAAUUAUUAAUUGAAGAAAUACUAUCUCAGCAUGAUUAUCAUUUGAAAUUGUAUGCUAUUCAAUUACUAGAAUCAUUAGUAUCAAGUAGAGGAAUUAGAGUUAAAGAAUCGUUAUUAAAUAUACCAACGUCAAUCUCAACAAUUUGCAAUUGUCUAAAUGAUACUCAUGAACCAGUACGAAAUGAAGCUAUUUUAUUGUUAAUGGCUGUUGUUAAUGAUAAUUUUAAUUUACAAAAAUUAGUUGCAUUCGAAAAUACAUUUGAAAGAUUAUUUGAUAUAAUUGAAGAAGAAGGUGGUAUACGAGGUUCAAUUUUAGUUCAAGAUUGUUUAACUUUAAUAACGAAUUUACUACAAUUUAAUGCAUCAAAUCAAAAGUUUUUUUUAGAAACUCAAUGUGUACCUAAAUUGGCUCAGUUAUUAGGUGAACCAGUUGAUGAAACUGGAGAUCCAGAUGUUUUAGAUGAAAAUGGGUUUCCAUCAUUACCACCACCAAUAAUUUGGACGGAACAAAGAAGACAAAAUAUGAUUAUUGCAUUAGAAAUUUGUAGAUUAUUAGUUUCUGAAGAUUCAGAAUUAGUUGAACAAAAUCAAGAUAAACUAUUCCAUUCGGGAAUACAUUAUAUAGUAUUGAAAUUGGUAUUUUCUCCAAUUACAGAUAAUCAAAUUCGAUCAGUUGCAUUAUUAGCUGCUGGUGAUUGUAUAAGUGGGAAUCCCAAAAUUCAAUACGAAUUUUCAAAAAUUGAUGUUCCUUAUAUGGAUCCUUCACUACCUUCACAAAUUCAAUUAUAUGAUAAACCAAUUUCAGUUCCAUUAGCAUUAUUAAAUUGGUGUUUAUAUAUAAAUUCAGUACAUGCAUUCGAAAUUAGAGUAGGUGCUGCAUUUUGUUUAAAUGCUUAUUUUAAAGAUAAUAGUGAAUCAAAACAAGCUUUUUUAAAUGAUCAAAUCAAAGCAUAUGAAACGCCAAAUUAUUUUGAACAAAUGAUGUCAAAUAAAGAUCAUGUUGAAAAUGAUCAUGAUCUUGAAAUUAAUGGUAAUAGUAUACCAACACCUUAUGGAAAUAUAUUUGUAGCUUUAAUGGAUUAUGAUGCUGAUUUGAAAUUAAAUCCUUAUAAAGUUUGGUUUGCUGCUUUAGUUUUAACAUUUUUUUUUAUUGAUGAACCUGAAAAUAAAGAGAUUGCAAGAAAGGUAAAAACUGGUGAUGAGGAUGCUGGCGAAGAAGUUAUGAAUUCAAUUCAAGCCAUAUCUGAAUUAUUAAUAACAACACUAGAUAGUAUAGAUCAAAGAGUUGCAAUUGGUUAUAUUAUGCUUUUAACUAUUUGGAUGUAUGAAGAUUUCAAUGCAGUUAAUGAUUUUUUAAGUGAUCAAUCUUAUGUUAGAUCAAUAUUGGCAUUUCUUUCAAAUAAUUUAUCUGAGCAAAAUGUAUUAGUUCAUGGAAUUGCUACUAUUUUAUUAGGUGUUGUUUAUGAAUUUUCAUCAAAAGAUUCUCCAUUGCCAAGAAGUGAAUUACAUUCGUUAUUGAUCAAAAGUUUAGGUAAAGAUAAUUAUUCAUUAAAGAUUAAACAAUUUGAGUCAAAUCCAGCAUUUAAAAAUUUUGAAAAGGCCUCUGCUUUUAAUUCUUUGAAGGAAGAUAAAAGUGGUUUACCUGAUGUUUAUUUUGAUAUUGAGUAUGUGAUUUUAAUUAAAGAUAAUUUUUUAAGAAUCAAAAGAGCUUUAUUUCAUGAUCCAUUGGGAGAACCAAGAGGUAAAAUAUCAUAUGAAACUAUAGAAGAAUUAGAUAUGAAAAUAUCAGACCUCAAAAAGGAAUUGACAAUUGAAAGGGAAAAAUAUUCUCAAAAUGAUGAAGCUUUAAAUAAUAAAAUAAAAGAAUUAGAUCACCUUAAGAAUGAAUUACAAUCAAAAUUUGAAAUCAGUGAAAAGGAAUUGGAGAAACUUAGGUCAGAUCACGAGUUAAUCAAGUCCCAAUUUGAUCAGACUACUAAAACCUUAACAACAGUUAAGUCAGGUAAAGAGGAGUUUCAAACGUCAUCUCAGAAAUAUUUCAGAGAGCUCCAAGAUGUCAAAAGGAAAUCAAGCAUUCAUGAAGAUACAAUCAAACAUCUAGAAGAUAAAUUAACAUCAGUUGAAUCAUCCAAGAAGAAACUUGAAGAUGGUAUAAAUAAUAUGACUCGUGAUUUAUUUCAGAUGAAAAAGCAAAAGAAUGAUGCAGAAUCUAAAAUUAAACAAUUGGAAAAAGAUUUAAAAAAUCAUAAAGAUGAAUUAAGUAAAACAAACUCAAAUUAUGACACUCAAAUUAAAAAAGUCCAAGGCGAAAGAAAUGAUGUACAAAAUAAACUUGAUCAAAUGAAUGCUCAAUUAUUAGCUUUAAUUAAGGAUAAAAAUUCAACAACUAAAGAAUUACAAGAGAAACUAAAUGAUGAACAAGAGAAUAAUAAUCAUUUAAUGGAAAAAUUAAGAGCUGCCUCUGUUGCUUUUCAAGAAUUGAAACUGUCAAAUAGUAAAUUUGAAGAGGAGAAUAAAAAGGCGAAAGAAGAAUUAGAAAAAGUGCAAACCGAGUUUAAUAAGAUUAGAGAAUCAUUCGAAAUUGCAGAAACUGAGAAGAAUAAUGUACAAGAGAAAUUAGCAAAGGCUGAGAAGAAAUCAAAUGAAAAAAUUGAACAAUUAAAUCAUGAAUUAAAUUCUGUGAAAGCUUCCACUGAAAAUGAUUUAACUACAAAAUCAAAAAUAAUAGAGAAAUUAAAAAGUGAUAUUGAUAUCGAAAAAAAUAAGCUCAAGGAAUUGGAGGAACAAAAUCAAAAUCAACUAAAUGAGUAUAAAUUAAAGAUUCAAGAUUUGGAAACAAAAAUAAAAGAAGCUGAAAAUUCUCAUAAGGAUUUAAAAGAUCAACAUGCAAAUGUAUCAGAAGAAUUGACCAUGUUGAAAAAAGAUCAUGAAGAUAUUAAAGGUUUAUUAAGUACAAAAACUAAGGAACAUGGGAAUAUUCUUAAAGAUCUAAAAGAGAAAGAGUCAUUAUUGGCUUCAUUAAAACAAGAUUAUGAAAAUGAGAAAUCAAAGAAAGAUAAGGAACACUCUGAGGUAUUGGCUGGUGUUAAUAAUGACUUAGAAAAAUCAAAAGUUUCUUUAAUUGAAUGUCAAAAUAAAUUAAAUCAUGCUAAUAAACAAAUUGAAGCUCAUGCUGCUAAAAUUUCAGACUUGGAAGAUUUAAUAUCAAUCUCAGAAAAUAAAUCAAAAAGUAUUGUGGAAGAGAUUGAAGAAUUAAAAGCAAGUAAAUCGAAAAUUGAAAAUGAUUUGAAAAGUAAAGUGUCUACUAUUGAGGAAAAAUCCAAAGAAAUUACAAAUAAGGAUACCGAAAUCAAGAGAUUAGAAGAUAGUUUAACUAAAUUGAAAACUGAUAAGGAUAAUGAAUUGAAUAUGGUACAAGAUGAAGUUGAAAAUUUAAGAAAGCAAAAAGAUGAAGAAGUAAAUAAGCUAAAUAGCUUAUUAGAAGAAACCAAAAAGCAAACAAAUGAUUUAAAUGAUGAACAUAAUUUGAAGAUCAAGGAACUUAAUGCUACAAUAAAAGAUAAAGAAAAAGAAUUUAAACUGUUAAAUGAAAACUAUGAUAUAAAGGUAAAAGAUGAUUCUACUAAAAAAAAAGAGAUUUGUGAAUUAAAAUCCAAAAUUGAACAAUGUAAUAAAGAAAUUCAGGAUCUCAAAUCAAACUUAAAGCAGGCUUCAGAUGAAGCUGAAAAACAUAAAGAAUCGCUAUCAUUAAUUGAAAAUGAUCAAAAAAGUGUUAAGCAAGAAUUAGCUGAAACACUUUUGAGUCUUAAACAAGCUAAAGAUGAUGCUGAAAGUAAAGAAAUUGAAAUUGGAUCACAUAAAGAUAAAUCUGAAGCAUUAAGUAAAGAAUUCAAAGAUUUACAAGAAAAAAUUAAGGAGAAAGAAGCAUCCAGGAAAGAACUUGAAACUGCUAAAAAUGAAUUAUCUCACAGUUUAAAAAAGGUAACAGCUGAAUUAACUAAUUUGAAGGAAAAAUCUACUAAAGAAAUUUCUUCAUUAAAAGAAGAAGUAACAAGUAAGACUAGUGAAAUAUCGAAUUUAAAAGAUGAACUUAAAGAUAAAAUACUGGAACUUGAGAAAGAACGAGCAAUGUUGAGUGAAAAUUCAGAAACUAUAAUUAAAGAAUAUAGUGAUAAGAUUAAAUCAUUAGAAUCUAGAAUUGAAUCAAUUAAAGAAAAACAUACAGCUGAAUUAUCUAAACAAACAGAGGAAAAGUUAACUUUGAAAUCAAGUAUCGAAGAGUUGAAUCAAAGUCAUAGGACAAUCAGGAACGAAUUAGAUGAGAAGAAUAAACAAUGUGAAACUUUACAAGCUGAAGUAGACACAUAUAAAAAAGAGUUGGAGUCAAUCAAGGAAUCAAACGAAGGUGAAGAAGCAAAAUUGACUAAGCAGAUUGAAGAAUUACAAUCCGAGCUCAAAUUGAAAAAUAAGGAAUUGGAGAAAGCUUCAAAAGCUUCAAAAGCUAAUGAAUCUGAAAUUUCAACUUUAAUACAACAACACACUGAUAAACAAAAAGAAUACCAAGAUACAAUUGAGACAUUGAAAACUGAAAUAAGUGAUUUAACAAAAGUUGAAGAUGAGUUGAGUACAAAAUUGGAAACUGCAGCUACUGAUUGUUCAUCAAUUACAUCAAAAUUAGUAGAAUUGGAAAAACAAAUUACCAAACAUGAAAAUACAAAUAAGGAACUUAGUGAUUCAUUAACUACCAAAUCAAAAGAAUUAGAAGAUUCAACUGAGGCUCAUAAUAAAUUGAAAUACGAGCAUCAAAAAUUGAUUGACUCAAGUGAACAAAAGAAAGUGCAAUUUGAAAAAGAUCUUGAAGCAUUGAAGAAACAAUUAUCUGAUAUAAAUAAAGAAAAAGAAACAUUACUGCAGGAAAUAAAAUCAAAAUCUGAUAAAAUUAGAACUUUGGAAUCUGAAAUUGAAGGUUUAUCAGAAGAGAAUGAAAAUUUAAGUAAGGAAAAUGGCGAGAUAUUGUUGAAACUCAAAGCAGAAUUAGAGAAAGUGAAGAAGGAAAAUGAAACAAAUAAAAAAUUAGCAAGUGAAAAAUCAGAUGAGCUUGGUAAAGUCAAAAAAUCAGAAUUAGAAUUAAAAGCUAAGGUUGAUAACUAUUCCAAAUUAGAAGGUUCACUAAAAGAAGCAGAAACUAAGGUUGAAAAGCUUACAAAUGAAAAACAGAGACUUGAAGAUAAACUAACUAAAACUCAAGAAGCUUUGAAGAAUGGAGAUCAAGUUAGUGUCCAACUAAAAGAGGCUAAUGAAAAACUAUCCAAAGCUGAGGAAGAAGUUAAUAAAGUGAAAGAACAAUUAGAAGUAGCUAAGAAAGAACAGAAAGACCAUCAAGAUAUAGUACAAUCUAAAGUCACUAAAUUAAAGGAGUUAGAGACUUCACUUAAAGAGCUAGAGACCAGAAAUGAAAAGUCAAAGAAAGAAUUAGCUGAAUUUAAAACCACUACGAAAUCUAAAGAUGAACAAUAUGAAUUAGAAGUCAAGCAGCUAAAAGAGAAACUUAGUAAAUAUGUUCUCAAAUCAGAUUAUGAUGAUUUAAUGUUAUUAAUGUCAGAUUUAGAUGAUAAAAACAAGAAAUAUAAACAACAAUUAAAGAAAUUAGGAGAAGAAGUAUCGAGUGAUGAAGAAUCAGACGAAGAAGAUGGUGAAGAAGAUGACGAAUAA